UUUGUUGUUCUUGUUGAGAUCUGUUAUUUUCGAAUACAUCGCAUAAGCAUUUAUAUUUACAGAAGAAAUAGAGUGAUCAAAAUCAGAUUAAAACUUAAUUUCUUAUUUUUAAUUUAUUAUUAUUUUUAAUUCAACGAUAAAUAAAAGAAUAUAAAAAUUCAUCCAAGAAUCAAUUACGUCAGUUAAAACCAUUGGAAGUCAAUACCGUGCUGUGUGUGCACUAAGAUGGCAGGCUUACUUUUACAUAAAACGCGCUUUUUAUUUUUAUUAAUCGUUACUCCAAUUCUUGUAUUUUGUGAUUCUGUCAACAAACCAGUACAAAAUGUUCCGGAGCCUUUAAUUCAACGUGCCUUGAAUUCUUUGAAUCAAGAUUCUCCGACGCAUCAUACAUAUAGGGGCGGUAACCUGAUUAGCGCGCAAAAAUUGGAAGAAUCUCCAUAUGUAAUAUAUAGGCUUACAUUUGAUUUAAUUCCUAUUUGUAAAGAAGCAUUAGAACCUUGUCCUCGAGAAGCAUGUACUAUUGAAAUAAAACAACAUGAACUUGGAGAUAUAAAUGUUUUAAAAGAAUCAAUACAAUGUAUGUAUUUGUAUCCUCAAUCUGGACAAGAUGACCAAUUACAAGUACAAGAAAAUAAUCAAGAUCAGGAUCACAUUAUUGAAAAUUUAGACAAACAAAUUAUUAAUAAUCAAAGCAUUGAAUUAGAUCAUGAAAUUCAGAAAAAUGGAGAUCAUAAUGAUAGACCAUUUAUAGCAAUGAGAGCUUCCAGUCCUAAUUAUUGUCCAGGAUGUCCAUAUGAGCUAAAUCCAAAUUUACCUGGAUUUAUUUCUUUUGGAGAACAAGUAGCAAAGUCAAUGGAUGAAUUAAUACAGAAUGACUUUAAACACAAAGUAAUCGACAUUGUCAAAGUAACUCGUGUUAUUCCACCUUCAUCUAAUAUUAUACAAUACCAAAUCUUAUUACAUAUAGGAGAAUCUGAUUGUUUAAAAAAUGCAGUAGAACAAUCAGAAUGCUCUAUCCACUUAAAUUCUUCUUUUAAGAUAUGCUUGGUAACAUUUGAAGAAAAACCAUGGCAACAAUCUAGCCGUAAAAUAGUAAAAAACAAUUGUACUUUGAAUAAUAAUGCAGAAAUUAAAAAAAAUAUUAAUUCCUAUUCAACAAUAAAUAGUGAAGCACUUGUAACAUCAAUACCUAAUAGAAAAGAAAAAUUGGAAGCUUUAGAAAAUUUAAAAAAUAUUCUUGAUAAUUAUACUUAUGUCACAACUAAGAAAUCAGAAGAACCAGAACAAUCAGAAGUGACAGAACAUCCUAUUUUAAAAAUUUCUGUUAAUGGAAGUGAUAAUGAUGCUAAAGUUCAAAGAUUUGAAGAUAAAGUAAAAGAAUUUGAUGAAUUUUUAAAAGAUUUUGAUUUACCUACAACAGAAAGUCAAUCAAAUUUGGAAAUAAAAAAACAUGAAGUUCAAGAAGAAAUUAUUUAUCCAACAAAAAAAGAUUCUAUAAUUAAUAAAUCACAAAUCUUGUAUAAAAACAAAAGGUCAGAAUUAGUUGGAGCAUCCAGUUAUAUAGAUAUUAAUAAUCCUAUAGUACAAGAACUUGCAAACAAAGGUUUAAAAAAAUUUUCAGAAAAUUCUGAAGGUUCAAAUGAACCUAUGAUAGUAGAAAUUGUUGAUGCCUCACGACAAGUAGUAUCUGGGUAUUUAUAUAAAAUAAGAGUUAAAUUAGGUACAAGUAAUUGUCCAAAAGGUACAAAAGAUAAAUGUCAGUUGAAAGAGGGAACUGAAAUUAAAGAAUGUUUGUUCAGUAUAUGGUCUCAGCCAUGGAUAGAUAAAGGAUCUCCAAAAAUUACCAUUAAUUGUGAUUUAAACAAUCGUCGAAAACGAUCUUUACGAGGUAGUAAAUAUAAUCAAAAAAUGUUAAAAUUAGCUCAAGAUAUAAAAAAUGAAAUGUUAUUUGAAGAUUUUAUUAUAAAAUUUAACAAAACAUUUAGUUCAACCAAUGAAAAACAAAAUCGUUUUCAAAUCUUUAAGCAGAAUCUAAAAGUUAUUAAAGAAUUGCAAACAUUUGAGCAAGGAACAGCUGAAUAUGGUGUUACAAUGUUUGCAGAUCUUACGCCUAAAGAAUUUAAAACUCAAUAUUUAGGUUUUCGUCCUGAAUUAAAACAAGAGAAUGAAAUACCUCUUGCUAAAACUGAAGUAUCAGAUAUUUUUUUACCAUCUAAAUUCGAUUGGCGUGAUUACAAUGUAGUUACGCCUGUGAAAGAUCAAGGUCUAUGUGGAUCAUGUUGGGCAUUUUCUGUUACUGGAAAUGUGGAAGGCCAAUACGCGAUUAAAUAUAAAAAAUUAUUAUCUUUAUCAGAACAAGAAUUAUUAGAUUGUGAUACUUUAGAUGAAGGAUGCAAUGGAGGAUACAUGGAAAAUGCUUAUAAAGCUAUAGAAAAAUUAGGUGGUCUCGAAUUAGAAUCAGACUAUCCUUAUGAUGGCAAAAAUGAAAAAUGCCAUUUCUUUAAAAAAAAUGCUAAGGUACAAGUUGUCGGUGCUGUAAAUAUUACUUCAAAUGAAACAAAAAUGGCACAAUGGCUUAUUAAAAAUGGGCCAAUUUCCAUUGGAAUCAAUGCCAAUGCCAUGCAAUUUUAUAUUGGAGGAGUUUCACAUCCAUUUCACUUCUUAUGUAAUCCUAAAAAUUUAGAUCAUGGAGUUUUAAUUGUGGGAUAUGGCAUUAGUAAAUAUCCUCUCUUUCAUAAAGAAUUACCAUACUGGAUAAUAAAGAAUAGUUGGGGUUCACGAUGGGGCGAGAAUGGUUAUUAUAGAGUUUAUAGAGGAGAUGGUACCUGUGGAGUUAACGCGAUGGCUUCAAGUGCGAUAGUUGCAUAACAAAUAUAUUUAAGAAAUUAAUGCCUUUAAUAAUAUUUAAUUUCUUCGAAAUAAAAUUAUAUUUUUUUUUUUAUACUGUAAUAAAAAUAAAAUUAUAUUAAUGUAAUAUGAAUGAAA